GCCACUACGCCUUACAUAGCUUAUAUCAACAACGGCAGCGCUCAGACUUUGGUUGGCUACGCGGCAGUCUAUACCCUCAUCAUCAAAACUGCCCCCACCGACAGUGCACACUACACCAUCAACGUCACCACCGCCGACGACAAGCUCAGCAUUUGCACCGUCCGCAUCAUCGGCAAGGGUUACAACGUGCCCUGUGUCAAGGACGACGUCAAAAGUGUGUUGACCAAGGACUCAACAACGGGUCCUAAUACGAAAGGAUCGCUGGAUUUAGGCAUCAUAUCCAAUGUCGGCACCACGCCACUGAUCUCCUCCCCGUUGUUUGACGACAACACCGUCAUGGUAGAAGUGGUUGUUCAGUUGUCUAAAAACGCCGCUGAUGCCGGAAACCACAACGUUGAUAUCUUGACCACGUAUGGAACGCAGACAAAUACACAGACAGUUACCGUUGUGGCAACAACGAGCUCCGCUGGCAUCAACACGACUGUCAACAACGCUUCAACCAUCUCCAUUGGGGUCCUCCCGAUCACCAGCACCGACAACUCCAGUGACAUCAACAAAGGACAGGCCAAGAGAAUAUUCCUGGACAUCUUUCUCCCUCUAUCAGUGACCCAGGAACUGACCGCUAAGGUUAUGGCACCCCUCGCUCUAAAGGACGUCCUUCAGGUCCGCUACAUGGGAUUGUUGGAAAAGGGAGAAAACAUGCCCUGUCUUGAUCACUCGCAGACCACCGCUGAUUAUAUCAACAGAACCCUGGGUACGAGCAGUGAUUUCGCCAUAGCGUCGCUGUCCUUAGGCUACGUGUGCAACGUCGGCGUCAACAAGGUGGACACCGUGGCAAACAGGAUCCGCUUGGAGGCUGUAAUCCGGGUCCUGAAGAACGCCACAAUCAACGUCGGCGACAAGAUCAUGCUCAGUGGCAGCCUCAACACAAACGACCAGCAGAUCUCCAUCGUGCAACAUGAACUCACCGUCAUCGACAGCUUCACAGACAUCCUGCCGGAAAACAUGACUCUGUUGAACGAUACGGCAAUCCAAGUGAACGUGACGGAAGAUCCAAUCUACAUGAAGAUCAACGAGGAGAGGACAAUCCCCAUCCAGCUUAUCAUCCCGCCGUAUGUUACCACCAUUGUCAAGUUCGACGUCGAUUUUCCUGUAAACGACUCUGCCGUCAUGACUUACAAGAGUCUCAAGGUCACCGGAAGUGGCAUCAAUCUAGCCGGAUAUGGUUACUCUGAUGAACUGACGAUCACCGAGAAAUCUACUUACAACACGUCGCAGAUAAAUAAAAUCUACGUUGAUAUGGGCAUCGUAACUAACACGGGUUCGACUCAUCGCAUUGACAAUCAGCAAUAUGACGAUGACGUCAUCAGCCUCGAACUGACUCUCGUUAUGGCUGACUCGGCUCUAAACACGAAUAAUUCCGAUCACUGGAUCAGCCUGGGUGUGAAGAUAGGGAUAUACAUUGUUAUCCUGGAACACAAGGUGGUGACAAUGAGAGACGGGACUGAGAAACCAUGCAUUGAGUUCACCGGAGAAGUGGAUAAUUCUGGCUCUACCACUACUCAAGUUGUCAUCAACGGCCUGUUGCGACACUCCAAUGAGUCGACUGCAGAGAGCAUCAACAUGACGGCGUUACUACUGUUCCCCCCGUUCCUGCAGUUCAACUCCCUCACCAAUGUCAACGACAGCAGAAUCGACUGCGUCGAGACACACGACGAUUACAUGAUGAAACUUGAGUGCGGGUCCUUCUACUUCUCCGACGUCCUCGCCUUCACCGCCACGCUACAGCAACAUCCCACCUACAAGGUGCCCACCACUGUCCAGGGUCUAGACACCGUCAUCACACUAGCCACGGCGGCCAAGACGCACCUGCGCCAGGUCAGCACCUACGGCAACCAAGUGGACUUCUCCUGCAACAUGAACUACGUCAACCACACCGUGACUGUAGUACAGAAAACUGUCACCGCCUGUGCCGUGACAUCUCUGCUGACUGGAAGCGGCAUCCUUGACGGCCGCAUCUCCGGUUCACCUGACCACUACACCGGGGGUGAACCCGUCAACGGGCGCAUUGGUGGAACAGGCUUCUCUCCCUUUGUACGCACCGGCACUCUGAAGGAACAGCGAUACUUCCAAGUGUACCUCGGCAACAAGGCGUCCGUUCAGAAAAUCAAAGUUGAGGCGGGAAGCGGGGCCGGCUUCGGGUCAGUAGUCACCAAGAUCAAACCCGCCUUCAGCAAUGACGGCUACGCAUGGAUUGAAGGCGCCGAGAUCGCUGUCGCAGCAGUGCCGUCCGAGGUGGUGGUGGGAGACUCCGUGGAGUCCCGUUAUAUCAGAAUCUACAUCCUCGAUGACAGCGACUCCACGAAAAAGUUGGGCGUGACCUUCGACCUUAUGGGCUGUCUUACAACCAACGACGUCGCAUCCACUGACCCGAGCAAAGGCGUCUAUGAAACGAUCAUCAGCAACACAGAAUGGCACAGGAGCGGCUUCCUACACGACGGCAGCAACCUCUUCGUGUGCGACGCCGCUGUCGAUGACGGACUGAAGCAGGCUUGCUACAAAACGGCCGACGGAGACACAUGGAAACGCUUGGAUGAACGUCUCGGCUGUAUGAUCGGACACGACCCCAACAAAGGGGAAGUCUACGCUCUCGGCAACGACGGCGUGACGUACAUGAGCAGCGAUGAUAACGGCGACUCGUGGGCUUCUAUCCGCCAAGAGAAGUUCGACACUGCUAAAGCUGAAGCCACGUUCAAGGCACCUAAGAAAGUGAAGUGGGAGGAGAACGCCGCCCUGCAAGCUGCCAAUCCCGACGCUUCCUUCACCGACGGGGUCUGGGGAGCUACGGCUCAAGGUAUCCACAAAAAUAAUGGCGGCGGGUGGGAUGUGAAAUUCAACUGGGCCAGCUGCUGCGGGAAAUAAAUCUGUAUUGUUCGUAUCAACAAAGACAUUGUGAUGGUGAUUGACAAGUUGUUAUCCAUAUGUAUAGUUAUUGACAAGCUGUUAUGAACACGUGUAUUUUACACCCGGAAGUAACAGGAACAGGAGAAGGGUUGAAGAUGUUGACAUUUAAGAUUAUUUGACGGUUAUAUGAUUGUUUUGUGAUUGUUAAAAACUUGGGAUAUUGUCACCUCUUGCACAUUUUCCUUCUUAUCUGAGCACAAACAAGUACACGUUGGCCGUCGCAUCUAUGCAGUGAUCAAAUAAUGAAAUCCUUAAAUUUUCAUUUUUUUACUAAGUAAGACCAAUUUCUUGUAUUAUUUUAACAUCAUUUGAUUGUUUUAUUACAAAGAUAAUCUUUUCUUUUCUAAAAUAGCACAAAAUCAACCAUUUCUUGAUUUACUUUAUUGGUGUCUCUUGGCUUGUUGAAAAAUAAACAUAAUGUCUAACUUAUUGAAAAUAACAUUUUUAUUAUGCAGCCCUUAGAUUUUUGGGAAUAUUCACGUCAAAUCAACCUUGGCAAAAAUAUAUUAAAUCUUUUCGCUUGGCAAAGCAAGAAAGCAAAUGUGGUUAAAACUGCUUUACAAAGACUGCUGCUGACAACCGUAAAACGAUGACAACCUGUACUGUGUAUAUUUUGAUACGAAACUAUUUUUCAUAUUUUCUUUUACACAUAACAUAAGAUAUAACAAGAUUUUAAACAGUUGUCAUUGUGUGCGGGUACAAUCCCAAUUUUCACAUACACGAACUCCAUUUAUAUUUCCUAAUUAUUUAGUCUGUCCGUUUUCCGUUCGACAGUAUUGUUAAAGAAGCCCGAUUGAAAUGAUUCAGAUUGCUAAAUAGAUUGGUGUUUAGAAAACUACCCUACAGUGUAGUCUUUGUAUUUGAAACAACGAUUAUAUCUGUUGUCAAAACAAAGGUCCUUUCCUCUCGUGACCCGCUGUCUUGUGUAUUAAAUCCCUUAAAUAUGUUUCCUAAGAAACAUUUUUUUGCACUCCCCACAAAAACCAUUCAAGAACGUUAGAUAAUUUCACUCGGGUUUGGGUUUUUAUUUUUUCACAUUUACCGUGACCCAAUAAAAAUAUUUUCAAUCUCUGCACGCUUGUGCAUGACUCACACAAGGGUAUUAUUUACUUGGAGUAUUUUACGGUAUUCUGCAAAUUUACAUUUGCAUAAUCUGCUGGUUAACUGACUGUGAUUUCUUAACCGUCCUAUUCUCCCACCGUCCAUAUUUCAUCUUUAUUUGUUAUUAAUAUCAUGAUGUUUAUGCCAAAGUGUUUUAAAAAAAUGUUUCAUACCUGUGGGAAAAGGGAUAAUUAUUACCGUAAACCGUCCAUUGAAGUUGUACAGUACUUAUAUUUGUUGUGGUAAACACACUGUGUUCACUGUCCGCACAAUGCUAUACAACCAACUUCUGUCCUUGACUUAUAAGCAUGUAAAUACCGUUCUUGUAUUAUCUCACUCGCAAUACAUCAGAAUACAAUUUAGCUCAAUUUACAGAAUUCAAAAUUGUGAAGCAUAAUUUAAGUUUAAUUUAAUUAAUGAACACAUUAGUAGUAGCUACGGUAGUUUGUGUUUGGUGUAUAUAUGAACAUAAAAAAAAUCUUAAAUGUUUUAUUCAUAAUGAUAAAUGCUUAUUAAAAGUUAAUUUAAAAAAUGAAUAUUGAACAGUUGGAAUCUAUUGUAUAAUAUUUAACUGCAUGGACACCAGAUGGUUUAUAUAUUAAAGUUAAUUCUGUUACA